UUCACAAGGAUACACAGGGAAAAGAAUUGCAGAACACAUAGGAUGUUCUGCAUCUUAUAUUUAUAAACGCCUGAAAACUGAGGGUCUGUCACCAAGACAGAAAUUCAGCAGUAUAGCAGAUAAUGAACUGGAUGAAGAAUGCAAAAGACUACAAGCAAGUUGUCCAAAUGCCGGUUCUGAGAUGAUGUCAGGAAUGCUAAGAGCAAGGGGAAUACAUGUGCAAAGGGACAGACUUCGACGCACAUUGGCUAGACUUGACCCAGUUGGCACUGCUCAGAGAUGGUCACAAACUGUUCAAAGAAGGUCAUACCAUGCCGUCUCACCUAACAGUAUAUGGCACAUUGACAGUCACAUGAAGCUUAUAAGGUGGGGCUUUGUUGUACAUGGUGCUAUCGAUGGCUUUUCCCGUCUAAUACCUUAUUUAAGUUGUGCUACAAAUAAUUCUUCAUCCACGGUGCUACAGACUUUCUGCAGGGGUGCUCUACAGUAUGGAUUACCAUUAAGAGUGAGGUCUGACCAAGGCACAGAAAAUGUUCAGGUAGCACUGCUUAUGAAUGCCAUCAGAGGAUUACACCGUGGCAGCCAUAUAACUGGACUUUCUGUCCACAACCAGAGAAUUGAAAGGCUAUGGAGAGAUGUAUUUCAACAGGUUCUCUUCCCCAUCUACAAAGAAUUUUAUGAAAUGGAAGAUAAUGGAAUACUUGAAGAAGGCAACAGUUUACACAAAGGAUGUCUACAAUAUGUUUACUACUCAACAAUUAAUCAAAGAUUGGAAAUGUUCAGAGAAGGCUGGAAUAAACAUAGAAUUAGAACUGAACACAACAGAACACCGGAACAAAUAUGGUUUGAUAGCUUGUCCACUAUAUCUCACCAAACAAGUCUGUCUGACAUGAAUACACAACAGUUUAGAGAGAGUUUAAUAGAACAUUUACAAAGAAUAGGUGCAUCAUUUUCAGAUGAUGCAUAUAUGGAGUCUCAGGAGACAUUCAACCCACUUGAAAUGUCUGUCCAAAAUCUACAGAUACUACAAGAUGCUAUUCAGCUAGAAACAAAUUUAAAAGAUAAAUAUGCAUGUUGUGUUCAAAAGGCCAAUGAGCUAUUAACAGAUACCCAAACAUAGUGUCCACUCCAUUUUGCAUGUAGUAUUAAAAAAUUGUUCAUGAGUACAUUGGCAAGGUCCAGCAUCGACAGUAAUGCAUACUACAUGGUAAACAGCGUGUUAUAACCAACCAAAAUUCAUUUUUACUUU